AUGAAAUCGGAUAAUGAUAAUGAUAAAAACAAUUCUAAAUCAACAAUGAUCAAUUUUUUGUUCAAAGAUCAAGUCUCCUCUUCCUCGUCUAGUAAAAAUCAACAUCGCAAAAAUCAUAUAUCAUAUUAUUGCAAUAUAUGUAAGCGUGAAUCAAGAUUCAUCGGUGUCAAAAAGAAAGAUAUCAAAAAUAUUGGAAAUAUUGGGAAUAAUAUUACUUCUAAUAAUAACAAUAUUGAUCGUAGUAGCAGUAGCACCUAA